AAUCCUGCUUGACGGAGGAAUCCUGUCUGAGUUUAUGUUUGUUACCGCCUGAAGAAGUGAAAACACAAACCGCGUCAUUCCCUCACAAUCACCUUAUCCGUCCACCCGGGGCUCUCCGUGGGAUCCCGGACCAGACCCGCACCCGCGUUGGCUUCUUCCGAAAGUCCGAGCCCCACAAAGAAGCAAGCCGGGUCGUCCUGUACGGUCCCCGGGCAAGAGGGGAGCCGGAGUGCCAGUGCGCCGGAGCGACCGACCCCUAGAGAGAUGGCCGCAACUAAAGCGGAGCUGUUGCUCUCGGCCCUGCAGAUAUCCGAACCCCUCGCCGGCUUUCCGCCUGUCGUGUCGCCGCUGGACGGCUACCCGAAGCUGGAGGAGCUGCAGAUGCUUCUGCAGAACGCCGCCGAGGGUGGAGCUCUGCUGAGCGGUGAAACCGGAGACUACGGAGACCUCCUGUCAGAACUGGCUGACCUGCAAAGCCUUCCCCCACUGACGCCCCGGAUCCCCCCUCUGGCGUACAGCGGCCGCUUCACCUUCGAGCAGUCUUCGGCAUCCGGAGGGGGCGGCAGCCUGUGGCCGGAGCCCCUCCUCAGCCUCUUGGGCGGUUUGGUCAGUGUGGCAGCUCCUUCUUCAUCGUCAGUGACGUCCACCCCAAGCUUCAGCUGUGUCCCCGCUGACACGGGCCUCCCUGUGGCGCCGACCUUCACCUCUAACCUCGACACCCAGCCAUCCUUCCUGUCGCAGGGUCCACCUCCAGCCUACCCUGCGUCCAAGUCUGUGCUCCCGGACUACGUCCUGCCUCAGUCGCAGGAUGCCGAGCCACACCUAAACAGGGACAGAAAUCCCCCGCACCCGCCGCUAACCCCCCUCUCCACCAUCAAGGCCUUCUCCUCCUCGCACGUACCAAACCAGCCACUCGAUACCCCCGCCUGCCAGCUCCCCAAGCUGUCCAGGAGAAAGUCACAAGGCAAAGGCUCCCAGGAGCGUCCUUACACGUGUCCGGCAGAGGGCUGCGACCGCCGCUUUUCGCGCUCGGACGAGCUGACCCGCCAUGUGCGUGUGCACACGGGCCAAAAACCCUUCCAGUGUCGGAUCUGCAUGCGCAGCUUCAGCCGCAGCGACCACCUGACCACUCACAUCCGUACCCACACGGGCGAGAAGCCCUUUGCCUGCAGCGAAUGUGGUCGCAAAUUUGCCCGUAGUGACGAACGCAAACGGCACACCAAGAUCCACCAGCGGCACCGGGACCACAACGCUAACCGUGUCCCUCCGCCAGUCACCGCCACGCCUCCCGCCACUUCCUCGGCUUGCUCCUCCUCUUACUCCUCACCUGCUCACGGCUCCCCCUCGCCCACGCCUUCCAUCUUUACCCCUUCCUCCUUCCCAAGUUUCCCCAACCUCAGCCGCUCUUCGUCCCCUCAGUCGGAGCGGCCUUUGCUAACAUGAAGUCGGACCUCUGAGAGUUUCACUGAGGGCAAACAUUACAAGUAAAACAUUAUAGCUGUGAGCAGUGAACAAGACCAUGCACUUGCUUUUUACCAGAAAAAAAAUGAUCAUCAAACAAUUAACUCAUGAGUUAAUUAUUUUGCGGCCAUUUACAGAAAUAGACAUCCAAUUCAUUUUGACUGGGAGGGUUAGCUUCAAUAAUUUGUUGAGUUGAAAACUGCAUUUUAUGUUUACUGGGGUUAUCUUUGUUGCGAGGGCUCAGCGUAGAAAACAGUUUGAGGGAGGAGCAAAUAUUUGUCUAGUUAAUCUUUUUAACAAUGGAUGCCGUCGACAGGUAGGCUAUAGACGUUAGGGGUGUGACAAAAUAUCGAAAUGGUGAUAUAUCGUGAUACGUUGUAUCCCAUAAGGUUAUCGAUAUGCUCCUGUCAACAAUCGAGAUAUCGUUUAAAAAAGGUGUCAAUUUUUUAGCUGCCAUUGACGGUGCUAGACGCCCAAUCCAUUUACACUGGGAAGGUUCGUUCAUUCCAAACCAGGGCAUUCACAGUCAUUCGGUCCGAUUUUCGAGGCAUUUACAGCUUACUUGCUGUUCAUUUUAGGGUAUUUACACGUCAUUUCCUGUUGAGUUUGAGUCAUUGCCUAUUCAUUUGGGUGAUUCCCAGGUCACUGCCUGUUCUGUAACGCAAAAUAAACAGGAAGUGACCCAUAAAAUACCCCAAAAUCAACAGUAAGUAACUGAAAAUCAACAGGUAAAUGGCCCAAAAUUACCUCAUUGCCUGGCAUUGGCUUCCUCUUACGGCCAUAGACGGUCAAUCCGUUUGAAGUGGGAGGGAUGGCAGCGAAUGAAUGUUCAUUCGCUGCCAUCCCUCUCACUUCAAACGGAUUGAACGUCUACUAGUGAUAAACUCAUUCUCAUUCACAGCAGAAGCUUGUUUUUCUGUUUAUUAGUUUUUUGUAGACUAUCCUAGAAUGAUUUCCUGACCAAUGUAUCCAUAAUCGUUGUAUCGCCAUAUCGUCAGAUCAUCGUUAUCGUGAGCUUUGUAUCGCAAAUCGUAUCGUACCGUGAGGUACCAAGAGGUUCCCACUCCUAAUAGACGUAUAGUCCAAAAUUGAUUGCACCUCUAUCGCCGUUAACGGCAGGGAAUUAGCUAGAAACUCUAAAAGCCUCAUGAAACAAUCUUUUUAUGAACAGUUUUUGUUAAUAUAUGUACAAAUUCACUGUGGUGUGUAUAUAUAUGUGUAUAUAUAGUCAUAUUUUUGUACAAAUGUAUAUUUUAUUUACCUAUCAUGAAGAUUUGUAUGUUCAACGCAGUCAAAACCAAAUGUGAUUAAAAAAUGUUCAUCACAAUAAUUGCAUCACAUGUUCUUCACU